GACGAAGUCCACUCCUCGGAGAUCGGUACCUGGCAAACUACGGCGUUCAGGUUUCGAGGGGAUUUGGAGCCUGGAGGACAGCUUCAGCCCCCUUAUCGCUUCUUUGGGGACGCCGGCAUCACGCAGACGGCGAUUGACCAGUGUGGGUACCCAGCCAUUUUAACGGGAGCCAUGCCUGUCCCUGCUGGAUACACUAGCGACUCCCACUGCGCGGCCUUCGCAUCCUCGGCCUCGCUUAUCCCUCCGCCCCCGAUCAACACUACGCAGCCCGGUGUUGUCACUUCGCUGUUGUAUAGCGGCUCAAAGUUCAGGGGGCACCAAAAGAGCAAAGGAAACUCGUACGACGUGGAAGUUGUUUUACAGCACGUCACCAUGGAGGACUCUUACUUGUGUGGUUACCUGAAAAUAAAAGGACUAACAGAGGAAUACCCAACUUUAACCACGUUCUUCGCUGGAGAGAUAAUCAGCAGAAAAAGGCCGUUUCUCACCCGAAAGUGGGACGCAGAUGAGGAUGUGGAUCGUAAACAUUGGGGCAAGUUCCAGGCCUUCUACCAGUAUGCAAAGACAUUCAACUCAGAUGAUUUUGACUAUGAGGAUCUUACAAAUUCCGACUACAUUUUUAUGAGGUGGAAGGAGCAGUUCCUGGUCCCGGACCAUACAAUCAAAGACAUCAGUGGCGCAUCCUUUGCUGGAUUUUACUACAUUUGCUUCCAGAAAUCCACAGCAACGAUCGAGGGCUACUACUACCACCGGAGCUCUGAAUGGUACCAAUCUCUAAACCUCACCCACGUCCCCGAGCACAGCGCCGCCAUCUAUGAGUUCCGGUGACCCCGGCUGGCAUCGUGGAUCUUGUUUGAUGGACUUGAGGCGAAGCAGAGGUCUGCAGAUGCUACUGAGACUAGAAACAGACAGUAUUAGGAUCUUUAGAAGACACAUCAAGCGCACGUGGACUUGUCGGUCGGACGGAGUGCGGACCAAUGGAUGCGAAAGGACAUUUGAAUGUAUGUGUAAGGCUCCAAAAAAGAAAAGGAAAUGCAGCUGUGCUCCCUGGCUGGAGUGUGUAAAGUCCGAACCAGCAUCAGAGUCCGGGUGUGGUUGUUCUUACCCGUAUUAUGUUUAAAUGUCUGGCUUUUAUUUUGUAAUCCUUGGGACAUUUCCUCAAGACACUUUAUAAGCUAAGCUGGCGUUUGCCAAGGGGUGGACAAUAACCAGAAUCAAUAAAGAACCGUGGCACUUCAGGUUGUAGAAAUGGAACGGCUAGACAUGACGGUAUAUCCAUUAUUUGGUUGAAACCAGUUCUUUGUUUGCUUGCCAAGAGGAUAUUUUUGUGAUUCUAUCAGAAAAGAUGGAUACUUAGCGGCACUUUUAUGCCCCCCCCCCCAUCCCUGUGGGUGACACGCUAAUUACGCAAAUACCUUUCUCCUUUCGCCCUUGUUAGAUAUGCUUUUUAAUCACAAGUGAUUGCGGUGGAUGUUGUAUGAUUGUUACAUUUGCACAACGACGAAUUGCAGUAUGUUAUUAACGCUAAUGCUCACCUGCCCCGCGGUACAAAAGCUCAAAGCGAUAUGGAGGGGGGAAAGCUUUUCAACGACUUUUAAAGCAUUUGACUGUUUGGAGUGUUGAGAGACAAAACAAUCACAUUUAAGUAUUAUAACAGAGUACCCCCCCCCCCCCCCAGCUCUGCAUUUAAAAAAAAAGCUUUUUAUGUGUCCCUUUUAACUUAUAGAUUCCAUUCCUUCCAUUGACGUCUCUUGACUAUGCAACAUGUUCAACAUAGCACUCUCCAAACACCAAACCUCCAUUUUCAGAGAUUUUAUUCUAUUCUUAGAGUAUAUGAAAUAAAAUAAAAAAGUUAUCUUCGUUUAAAGAAAAUAUUUUUGUUAAAAUUCCCAAUGAGGCCCCUUUAUCAUGUUCCCUUGUGAUGUGACUGUGCCAUGUUUUUAAAGUGUAUCAGAGUUGUACUAUAACAGAUCCAGAUGUGUGUUUUCUUGAGAUUGAGGCCGAAUUGGAUUGAUUGAUUGAUUGUAUCCAAUGAAUAAUGGAUUUGAAAAGGAGAAAUCAUCCAAACAAA